AUGGCCAGAGCGAUUAACGGGAAUAAAUCAGUGCAUGCUGUAGUUUUAGAUUUUGGGAAAGCAUUUGAUAAGGUCCCUCAUCAAAGUCUACUACAGAAAUUAUGGUAUUAUGGGAUACAUGGUUCGUUAUUCAACUGGUUUGAAUCGUUUCUUCAAGAACGCUUCCAAACGGUUGUUUGCGAGGGUAAAUCAUCUCAACCAGUUCCUGUUACGUCUGGAGUGCCACAAGUCACGGUCCUGGGACCAUUGUUGUUCCACGUGUAUAUUAACGACUUACCCGAUGGUCUUUCUUCCAAUGUCAGGCUUUUCGCAGAUGAUGCGUUAGUGUAUGGAAUUAUUGUGGGAGGUACUGAAUGCCAACAGCUUCAAAAUGAUCUAAUUAAGCUGGAACAAUGGCAGUUGAAAUGGCAAAUGGAGUUUAACCCGACGAAAUGCAAAGUCAUACGUAUCUCAACUAAAAAAUCUGAACGAAAUGAGAUUUAUAUGUUCUGCGGUAAGCAAUUGGAGCAAGUUACAUCUAUUUUAUACCUAGGACUGACUGUUACCGAUAAGUUAAGAUGGUCAGAUCAUAUUUCUGAGAUUUCAAACAAAGCUGGAAAAACCCUGG